CUAGCACCUUGCCAAGGAGACGAGGAAUGCAAUGGAGGGGCACUCAAUGGAUUUCCAUCGAACGAUGAAUGCGAGCACAAAGUCUGCAUGCAGUGCUUGGAUCGAAUGCUGGAGGAGUGCGUUAACACCGAGGGAGCACCAAUCUGUCCGAAUGGUUUGUGCCGUCAGCCAUACAGUGUGGACUCUGUGAUUGCCCUCAAAGCAUUAUUUCCGCAACGAGCAGAAUAUUUCAGCAAUUUUGCACUGGAAAAACAGCGAUAUGAUGUAAUUAAGGAUGAUACAAUCCGGAUGAUUGAAAUUUCACCUGAUUUCACGGUUAGCUCAAGACGGAUGGAAGUGAAAUGCGAACUGGAUAAUACCGAAGAUAAUCCACUAAUGUUCUUAUUUGAUAAUACAGGCACCGUAGCGGAUUUCAUACGUGAACUACGCCUAACAUUACGAAUACUGCCACUGGAUAAA